CAUAUUUCUCCCUUGCUUGCUCAUUCCGUCUUUAUAAAACACUCCAAUAGUCCUAUAUAUCUCAAUCUCAAUAUCAAUUAGUCUACUUCCAGACAUUAAAGUCUACCCCUUUUCCAAUAGUUUGCACCUCAAGCUGUCAAGAACUAAAAAUUCUUGUACUUCUUUUGGUUGAUUCUUCAUUGUUUUGAUCUCUUUAAUUAACCAUUCUUGAACUUCCAUUUCCACCCAUGUAUAAGCAAAACUUGUUUUCAAAUGAUGGAAUCACAAUGCCACAUGGAGUUGGAAUUCAUGGCAAUGAGCUGUUCAGUCCUAGUUGGGACAGUCCAGCGGAUCAGAAUGACCCUUUCCGGUCUGCCUUGAGCUCCAUGGUCUCAUCUCCGGCGGCAUCUCACGCCGGAGGAGCUAACUGUUCCGUCCGGAAUCAGGUCUUUAUACUCAAGGAACUCAUUGGAAGGCUAGGCAGCUUUGACAACUCCUCCGGGGAGUUUUCUCCGUCCGCCUGCACUAACAAUUCCGGCUAUAAUUCCCCUCCUAAGCUAAAUCUCUCAUCAAUGUUGGAUCAUCAGACCAUGGCCACCGAUUUUCCCAUUCACCCUGACCUUCCACAACAAUUUUCAACCGAUCCCGGUUUUGCUGACAGGGCUGCAAGAUUUUCUUGUUUUUCCGGCAAGCUUUCCGGUAACCUUUCCAUCAAGAAAUCCACGCCCGAAAGCUCAGAGUUGGGCAAUUCCAGGGAGAACUCCACCGUCUCAGAUCAGAUUGCAGUUGGAGAAAUCUGCAAAAAAGAUACAAAUCCAAGAAAGAGGAAAGCUUCUACAAAGGGUAAAGCCAAAGAGACUACAACAACAACAUCAUCUCCCAAUGCAGCUGCAUCAGGGAACAAUGAAUUCAAUAACCCCAAAAGAACAAAACUAGAAGAGCAAAACGAUGGAAAAGAGAAUAAAGCUAAUAAUCCAAAGGCUGCAGAAAGUGUAAAAGACUAUAUUCAUGUGAGAGCUAGAAGGGGUCAGGCCACUGAUGCCCAUAGCCUUGCAGAAAGAGUUAGAAGAGAAAAGAUCAGUGAAAGAAUGAAGCUUUUGCAAGAUCUAGUGCCAGGCUGCAAUAAGGUGACUGGAAAAGCUGUGAUGUUAGAUGAGAUUAUAAACUAUGUGCAAUCAUUGCAAAGACAAGUUGAGUUUCUGUCAAUGAAGCUUGCCACAGUAAAUCCAAGAAUGGAGUUCGACAUGGAAGCUCUUCUCUCCAAGGAUGUGUAUGAAUAUCAAGGAACAAUGUCUCAAAAUGUGUUUUCAUCACCGAAUGCCUCCGGAUCACCAAUUCCAUACUCUUUUCAAUCUCAGCAUUCACUCCCAACUUUGCAAUCAGUCCUUUCUAAAGGAUCAGAAGCCCCUUUUUGUAGAAAUCAGGAGCUCACAUUGCCUCAUAUGGACACUUAUCUUGAUCCAUCUUCUCAGGUGCCUGUAUUCUUCGAGGAUGAUUUAAGUAGUGUUGUCCAUAUGGGUUUUGGACAAAACCAGACACAGAACUUUCAUGGAACUUUAAGUACUUCUGAAAUGAAAGCAGAGCUAUGAUCCUCAACAUAUCUAAUAGCAAGAGAAAAGUUGGUCCACUGUUCAUUAUGAAGCCCCAAUUAGGAGAGGCUUUUUAUGUGUACAGAAGAAAUGGCAGUUCAACAGUGAGAUUCUGGGCUCAAAGAAAAAAGUUCAAUCUUUUCCAUUCCGGCCAUUCUUGUUUCAUAACUAAUUUAGCAGCAACUAGACAGAUGAUUAUGAUUUUUGUUACUUUUUUACAUAGAAAGAUUGAAGGAAUAGAGACCCUAUUUUUGUGAUAAUUCAGAGAUGUCACAUGUAACAUAUUGUAGAUAUGACAAAUUGUGUCUCAUGGGUUGAAUUGAUCGGAAGAAUUUAAAGACUUUAUGAACUCGUUAUAUUCUCAAGUAUCCUUUGGUUUUUAGUCACUGAUUAAAAUAAAUCAUGUAUAGACUAAACUGAUGGGUUCGAAAAAUGGAAAACCAAAUUUA